AUGCGGAUGCCCCUGAGUGGGCUGCUCUUGUGGUGGUGGUGCUGCUGUGCCUGGUACCCCUGUGGAUUGCGCGCUCCAGCUCCCCAGAUGUUGCGCCACCAGGGUCUCCUCAAGUGCCGCUGCCGCAUGCUCUUCAAUGACCUGAAGGUUUUCCUCCUGCGGCGCCCCCCUCCAGCGCCCCUGCCCAUGCACGGCGAACCCCAGCCCCCCGGCUUGGCAGCCAACAACAACACCCUUCCGGCUCUGGGUGCCGGGGGGUGGGCAGGCUGGAGGGGCCCUCGAGAAGGAGUGGGCAGGGAGACCCCGCCCCUGCCACCUCCGCCACCUUUGCCACCUUCUGUGGAAGAUGACUGGGGUGGCCCAGCCACAGAGCCCCCUGCCUCGCUGCUCAGCAGUGCCUCCUCGGAUGACUUCUGUAAGGGGAAGGCUGAGGAUCGCUACUCCCUGGGCAGCAGCCUGGACAGUGGCAUGAGGACCCCGCUCUGCCGCAUCUGCUUCCAGGGCCCGGAACAGGGGGAGCUGCUGAGCCCGUGCCGCUGCGAUGGCUCGGUCAAGUGCACGCACCAGCCUUGCCUCAUCAAGUGGAUCAGCGAGCGGGGCUGCUGGAGCUGCGAGCUGUGCUACUACAAGUACCACGUCAUCGCCAUCAGCACAAAGAACCCUCUGCAGUGGCAGGCCAUCUCCCUGACAGUCAUUGAGAAGGUGCAGAUUGCAGCUGCCAUCCUGGGUUCCCUCUUCCUCAUCGCCAGUAUCUCUUGGCUCAUCUGGUCGACCUUCAGCCCCUCAGCAAAAUGGCAGCGCCAAGACCUCCUCUUCCAGAUCUGCUACGGGAUGUAUGGAUUCAUGGACGUGGUAUGCAUAGGCCUCAUCAUCCACGAGGGGCCCUCUGUGUACCGCAUCUUUAAACGGUGGCAGGCUGUCAACCAGCAGUGGAAAGUGCUGAACUAUGACAAGACGAAAGACCUGGAGGAUCAAAAGGCAGGAGGCAGGACCAACCCCCGGACCUCCUCGUCCACCCAGGCCAACGCCCCCUCCUCAGAAGCGGAGGCUGUGGGCACCCCUGCCCCUGAGGAAGGCCCUGCCCGGGCGGCUGGCCACCCCUCAGGCCCUCUGUCCGAUCACCACUGUGCUUACACCAUCCUGCACAUCUUGAGUCACUUAAGACCUCAUGAACAGCGGACCCCCCAGGGCGGCAGCCGAGAGCUGGUCAUGAGGGUCACGACGGUGUGA